GCUGCGCACCCUGCACACGCACUUUACACUAAAGUGAUUCACUGGGCACCAUGGAUAUUAAGCAGCCGUUUUAAACCCUUCGGCAGGUAAGAGCAGCACGACUCCCACCUGAAACAUGUCCGAGAAGAAGCCGCGCGGCUCAGACACCCGGCCCAAGUCCGGCCUGCGCAGCUGGAGCGCCGACAGCUACGUGUGGCGGGGCAAGAAGCGCUCCCGGAGCUCCCAGAACGAGCUGGUGUCGGACGGCCGCGUGGAGGAGGGGGGGCGGUCGGAGGCGCCCGCUGGCGUGGCGCGCUCCACUUCCUGCCCGCGGCGCCGGCGGGACAGGAAGUGCAGCUGCAGCACCCUGGGCGAAGGCGACGGGGACGCGACCUGUCGGAAGCCCCUCCUGCGGCGCUCGCUGCGCCAGAAGUUCCAGGACGCCGUGGGCCAGUGUCUGCCCCUCCGCUCGCACCACCACCACCACCACCACCAUCCCCACCACCGGCCCCACGCCCCCGGGACCACCCCCUCCAGACCCUUCUCCGUGCUGGUCUGGUCCAAGCGCAAGAUCCACGUCUCGGAGCUCAUGCAGGACAAGUGCCCCUUCUCGCCCAAGUCCGAACUGGCCCACUGCUGGCACCUCAUUAAGAAGCACACCCCCCACCUCAAGGGCGUGGAGGCCCCCCACAAAAGCCACGCCUCGUCCUCCUCCUGCUCCCCGCCUCCGACGCCUCUCUCCUGGGAGGACGCCUGCUGCUCGUCGGAGACGGGCAGCAGCAGCCUGGAGGACUGGGACCCUUCCUGUCCCCAGGGCGCGGCAGACGGGGGCGGACACACAGACUACAUCCUGGUCCCCGACCUGCUCCAGAUCAACAACAGCCCCUGCUACUGGGGGGUGCUGAACCGCUUCGAGGCGGAGGCCCUGCUGGAGGGUCAGCCCGAGGGCACCUUCCUGCUGCGGGACUCGGCCCAGGACGAGUUCCUGUUCUCCGUCAGCUUCCGGCGCUACAGCCGCUCGCUGCACGCCCGCAUCGAGCAGAGCGACAAGCGCUUCAGCUUCGACGGGCGCGACCCCUGCAUGUACCGGGACCCCAGCGUGACGGGCCUGCUGCGGCACUACAGCGACCCGGCCUCGUGCCUCUACUUUGAGCCGCUGCUGUCGCGCCCGCUGUCCAGGACCUUCCCCUUCUCGCUGCAGCACCUGUGCCGCGCGGUGGUGUGCAGCUGCACCACCUACCAGGGCGUCCAGGGCCUGCCGCUGCCCCCCCAGCUCAGGGACUUCCUGGGGCAGUACCACUUCAAGUGCGACGGCGCGUGUUCCAUGUGAGGGUUCGCGAAAGGGGCUGCGUUCCAAACCACAAUGCGGAAGACACUUUCAGAACACUUUACACAGAAAAAGCCUUUCUCUUCUAUUGGGCUUAACCAGUGUGUUGGACCGCCUAGUGGCAGAACAUUAACCGGGCCGAGAGACCGUGCUUUUUGCAGAUUUUUGCCGUUUGCUUUUGCUAGAAGGCGAUCUAAUAGGGGGUAUGUUUUAGGACGUUGUUGAUGUUCCUUCAAUAAGUAAAAAUUAACAUAACAGCAAGGUGUGAUUUGAACACUUGUCCCAUGUCACUAUUCUAAGGUGUUGUGACAGUGGGGGUGUGUACAAAUUAUUGACUACUCCUCAGUGUGUGUGCAUCCAUAAGACCUUCUCUUGAUUCAUGAAGCCACUCCAUUGACGUUUUCCUGAGUGCUCUGCCGCUUAUUACCACAAGAUGGCACUACUGGCGUACCAAAUAUCCUGGCGGAUCUACGUCAUCUGCGACCCUUCAAAAAAGCACCUUUCAAAUUAAUUGUUUUCCAUCAAGUGUGCCUUUGGGUAUUUUUCUUGUUUUCCCAAGGUUGUCACUAUAAAGGACCAUGAAGGUCAUCUCUCAUAGUCAGCGCUAUCCCUCACAAUAACAAUGUGUAACACUGCCAGUAUCAACACACCGCUCCAGACGGUAUUAGUCCUGUGGUAUUAGAGCCCUUGUCUCUGCCUUUUGGACACCUUGUUCCAGAUUAGACACACUUAGUGGUUAUCCCAGGUCUGUGCUGUGGAGGGGAGUGUCUGUCAUUAGACGGGCUAAUGGCAUGGAAAAUGCACCUUCUGAAGUACCGCUCUGAAAACAAUUCUUCCAGCUAUCUGCAAGGGAGACUUUUAAAUGCCACGGCCCCCACGAAGGAAAUGAAAGAUAAGGACAUGAAAAAGACAAUUUCCUCCUCACAGAGGGAGAUCUUUUGGAUUUACUCCUCAUGGAAAGCAAUAUAGACCUUUAUAUAUGCAUAACACCAACAUGUUAAUGAACUUUUGUUUCUAUUGCCAUUGAUAUCUUUCACUUUAGUUUUAUUUGAUCGUUUUUAAUUCAUUGUUUUCCACAAUUGUCUCUUCUUCUGCUGCAAUAGACUCACUCAGCAGGCGCCUCUGUGUUCCGGAAGUAGGCUGGUUUGCAUUUUUUUCUGAUGAACGAGUAUAAUAUUCCUCCCCUGUUUUAAAACCGGACCUUGUCGAUAUCCUUCUUGAAUUUCAUAGAAAACCUCUCCGUUGCAGUGAGGUUUUUUUUCAUCAUGUUGCACAUAAUGACUUGAUCCCUUUGACUGUGACGCUACCCUCUGCUGGUCAAUGUAGUCCAGAUCAAUAAAAAGAAUAA